AUGGCGGGUUCAAGGAAGUUGACUACGGCUUAUCCUUACUAUUCUCCUCCACCACCAACACCUGAAUUUGCAUGUCCUCCACCUCCACCAAAACCGGGACAUCAUUGGAAGCCACCACCAUCUCCCACCCCUGAGACACCAGCUUACCCUCCGAAAGCUCAUCCACCAAAACAUGCACAUCCACCUAAGGGUCCGAAGCCUCCGACCCCAAGUGGACCAGCUAGUCCACCUAAAGAAGCAAAACCACCAACCCCUGGUGGACAUGCUUAUCCACCGAAGGGUCCAAAGCCUCCGACCCCAAGUGGACCGGCUAGUCCACCAAAAGAAGCAAAACCACCGACCCCUGGUGGACAUGCUUAUCCACCAAAGGGUCCAAAGCCUCCGACCCCAAGUGGACCGGCUAGUCCACCAAAAGAAGCAAAACCACCGACCCCUGGUGGACAUGCUUAUCCACCAAAAGGAGCAAAGCCUCCAACUCCUGGUGGACAUGCAUAUCCACCUAAGGGGCCAAAACCACCGACACCAGGUGGACCUGGGCCAGCAAGCCCACCUGGUGGACAUGCUUACCCACCUAAAGGGUCAAAGCCCCCAACACCAGGUGGUCCGGCUUAUCCACCUAAGGGAUCAAAACCACCUACACCAGGCGGUCCGGCUUAUCCACCAAAGCCGGGAAGCUGGCCACCUAAAGCACAACCACCCCUACCACCAUAUGGACCCAUUGUCCCUCCUCCACAGCCUUACAAUGCUGUCCCACCAUCUGGAAACAUCCUAACACCACCACCAUCAGGUGGUGGUGGCAAAGAUCAUACCGUCGUCAUUGCGGUGUGUGCAUCACUAGGUGGUGUCUUUUUCUUAGCAUUCUUAGCCGCUGGACUCUUCUGCUUGGCAAAGAGAAAGAAGAAGCCAAUCUUAGUUCCGGCAGCAGCUCCGUAUGGUCAUGGUCAUGGCGGGGGUGAAGGACAUGGUCAUGAAGGUGGCGGAGCCGGUGGUCACGGCCAACACUAG